AUGCCGAGCAGCUUCUUUGGAGCGCUGACACAGGGCGCCAAGUUUAGCGGCGCUUCGUUUCUCAACGAUAAGAAGCAGUUCAAUACAUUUACUACAGCUAAGAACGCGGCUAAGAAGAAUGCAGACGUGGAUGAGCUGGACUUCUUUGGCUUCAACUCGAUCCAGAAGCCGAAGGAGAAGGCACAUGAGCGUUGCAAUACGAGCGUCGAAAUUAUAGCUUCCAAGCCAGUUGACAACGCUUCGGUGAACAAAGUGCGCAAAGCCAAGGGGAGUAAACCUCGUCGGAAACGGAAGCUGAGCGAAGGUGCGCUCGAGGAACAACGUCUGGAGAACGAGGCGCGACAACAAGCGUCGCUACUUCUCGCCCCAUCAGGGUCGAAGAAAGACAAAAGUGAUGAUCUUUUUCGUCGGUCGCGUAUGGAGUUGGUUGAGACUGAGUCCGUAAGUGAAGAGAUGGGCGAGGAGAUGGGUGAGGAAGCAGCUACGUCAGAUAACGAGGGGGAAGAGGAUGAUGAUGAUGAGGAGGAGAAUGUUCGAUUGUUCAAGUCUCAUGGCAACGAUGCCGAUGCGAAAGUGACUCUUGGAAAGGCAGCGAAGCAGACGAAAAAAGAAGCUGCGCAGAAACUAACUGGUGCUUCUGCUGAUCAGGAGGGCGUGCAGAUGCUCCGACGCCAGCUUGGCAUUCGCGUGAGUGGUGUCAGAGCGCCAGCCCCGAUCACCUCGUUUGCUGACAUGCGCGUGGAUUCCAGCCCGAAUGCACAGCAGAUGAAACGCCUGCUGUUGCAGAAUAUUGAGCGGUCAGAGUACAAGGAACCUACGCCAGUGCAAAUGCAAGCUAUUCCAAGCAUCUUGCUUCGACGCGAUGUGCUGGCCACGGCGCCUACAGGGUCCGGCAAAACCGCAGCAUUUGCGAUUCCGAUUCUAGCAAAUUUGGCUGCUAGUGGCGCAACAAGUCGCGGUAUUCGCUCGAUUGUGUUGGCUCCAACUCGUGAUUUGGCUGUGCAGAUUCGUACUGAGUUUACACGUCUCGCAACAGGAAGGAAGACGCACAUUACACUACUGUCGAAAGCCACCGCUGCUACUAUUGCUUGCCAGACCAAGAGCAAGUUAGCUGUGAAGCACGAUGUACUGAUUGCCACGCCGCUUCGUCUCGUGCAUUUGAUUCAGGAGGCCAAGGUCGAUCUCUCCGCCGUCGAAAUGGUGUGUCUCGAUGAAGCUGAUCGACUGUUGGAGCUUGGCUUCGUGGAGCAGGUUGACGAGAUAUUUGCUGCCUGCACACAUGCUACCGUCCAGCGAGCCAUGUUCAGUGCUACAAUGCUGGAAGGAGUCGAAGAGCUUGCUCAAACUGUGCUGCGCGAUCCAGUCAAGGUGGCAGUAGGAACGAGAAACACCGGCGCUAGCACGAUUGAUCAAAAGCUGGUUUUCGUCGGCAAGGAAGAAGGGAAGCUCGUUGCGAUUAAGCAGCUGCUCCAUGAUGGUCUCCAACUCCCAGCGCUGUUGUUUGUGCAGAACAAGGAGCGUGCGAACGAGCUGUAUCACGAGUUGCUGUACGACGGUGUAAAUAUCGGUGCUGUUCACGCAGACCGUACGAAAGAACAGCGUGACGACGUGAUCUCGCGUUUCCGCACUGGCGACGUCUGGGUGCUUAUUUGCACAGAUCUUAUGAGCCGUGGCAUGGACUUCAAGGCUGUAAAUAUGGUCAUCAACUACGACUUCCCACAGAGCGCUGUAAGCUACAUUCACCGGAUUGGCCGUACUGGUCGAAAUGGACGCAAGGGCAAAGCUGUUACGUUUUUUACGGAAGAUGAUAUGGUGUACCUCCGCACAAUCGCUAACGUGAUGAAGCUCUCAGGCUGCGAGGUUCCUGACUGGAUGCUCUCGCUCAAGAAAGCCAGUGUAUCGAAAAGGAAGGAACUUUUGAAGGCACCUCCUGUGCGGCACCGUAUCAACACGAUAUCUGGGUACGAUCUCCAGAAGGCACACCGGGUGAAGCAGAUGAAGCAAGCGAGGCCCAAAACAAGCGGUGAUACCAGCGACCAGCCAGAACAAGUUGAGAGCAGGAAGAAACCGACAAAACACAAGAAGGGCGGCGAUGGCAGUAGUCAAUCAAAGUUACAACCUGAAAAAAGAAGCGGAAGUAGCACAAGAUGUCGAUGA